AAUUAAAUACAGUAUAUGUUAAUCAAAAAAAAGAAGAAAUGGUAAAAAAAAUUAAAUCAAAAAAAAAUGUUAAACCUAUUAUAUAUGAUAUAAAAAAUGCAUUUAAUAAUGUUAAUCAUAACAAUACUGAGAAUAAGUCAAGAUUAUCUGAAUGUGGUUUUUUUUGGAAUGAAAUACCUACCUUAAAUUUCUGUGAAAAUAAAGAAUCAUCCAGUGACAGUGAAGAUGAAAUAGAGCAAAAAUCAAAACAAAAAAACAAAAAAUUAAAUACUAUUGAACGUAGAGAACAAGAAAAGCAAAAAGAACGUGAAAUUCGCCAAAGGGAAGAAGCAUUAGCUAGUAACCAAUUACCAAAUUCUGUAGAUCAGUUUGACAGAUUAGUUUUAGCUAGACCUAAUAGUUCAAUAAUUUGGUUGCAAUAUAUGGCAUAUUAUUUACAAACAACAGAAAUUGAGAAAGCGAGAGCAGUUGCAAAGAGAGCAGUAAAGACAAUUAAUUUCAGAGAAGAAAAUGAAAAAUUAAAUGUUUGGAAUGCCUGGUUAAAUUUAGAAUCAAAAUUUGGUACUUCUGAAUCAUUAAAUGAUGUUUUUCAAGAAGCAGUGAGAAAUAAUGAUUCAUUAAAGAUAUACACCCAUAUGUUGAUCGUUCAUGUUGAAGCUGAUAGACAGAUUGAAUUAGAAAAAACAAUUAAUACUAUAAUUGGAAAAUUUAAACAAAUUCCUGAAACAUGGAUCAAUUGUGGAGAAGCAUUAUUAAAAAUUGGUUUGAAAGAUAAAUCAAGGCAUAUUAUGCAAAGAGCAUUGCAAUCUUUACCAGCAUUUGAACAUGUGAACUUAAUGGUAAGAUUUGCAAUUAUGGAAAACAAAUUUGGGGAUAAAGAAAGAGCACAAACAUUAUUUGAACAAAUUUUGAGUUCCUAUCCAAGACGAGUUGAUAUAUGGUCUUGUUAUGUUGAUUCUUUAAUUAAAUCUAAUGAUAUUGAUAUAGCAAGGAGAGUACUUGAAAGAACAGUUAUUCAAACACUACCUCCAAGAAAAAUGAAAAUUUUAUUCAAGAAAUUUAUUAAUUUUGAAGAACAAUAUGGUACUCAAGAGAAUGUAAACCACGUUCAACAAAUGGCUGCAGAAUAUGUAGAAAGACAAUGUAAUAAAGAUUUAACAAUAUAAAUUAUAAAUUAUAAAUUAUAAAUUUUAAAUAAAACAUUUUGAUAUAUAUUUUUUAUAUUAAAUCAGUGAAAAUUUAGUUGUACAAAAUUCAAGAAAAUUUGAUUUCAAGGUUAAUAUUUUUAUAAAUUAUUUACAUUUACUUUUUCAAAGUUUAUUACUAUUUUUUUUAUUUAAAAAUAUAUUUAUUAUUAAAAUUGAAACAUAAAUUAUUAAUUGAUAAUAAUAUAAUUGUUAAUUACUAUUAAUUAAUUAUUUUAAUCAUUCAAUCUGUGAAAUUAAAUGUCAAAUAAAUUCGCGGGAUUAAUAUAA